AUGGAGAGAAACACCCCCAAGAAGGCUGUCCACUUUGGCGCCGGAAACAUUGGCCGUGGCUUUGUUGCUUGCUUCCUCCACGAAUCGGGGUAUGAAGUCAUCUUUGCCGAGGUCAACGAUGCCACCGUCAGCAAGCUCAACACCCACAAGAGCUACAAGGUGAUCGAGGUUGGCGCUGAGGGCACCACCGAGAAGACCAUCACCAACUACCGGGCCAUCAACUCGAGGUCAAAUGAGGCGGCUUUGGUCGAGGAGAUCGCGACGGCCGAUGUUGUCACCUGCUCCGUCGGCCCUAACAUCCUCAAGUUCCUCGCGCCAGUAAUUGCCAAGGGUCUCGCCGCCCGCUCGACGGAUCUGACUCCCGCCGCUGUCAUUGCCUGCGAGAACGCCAUCGGCGCCACCGACACUCUUGCCGAGUUCAUCAAGUCUCCCGAGAACACCAACCCCGCUCUCCUCGAGGAUUACGACAAGCGUGCCACCUUUGCCAACUCGGCCAUUGACCGCAUCGUCCCGGCCCAAGACCCCGAUGCCGGCCUCGAUGUGAAGCUUGAGAAGUUCUAUGAGUGGGUUGUCGAGAAGACCCCGUUCAAGGAAUGGGCCGUCCCAGACAUCAAGGGCAUCAAGUGGGUCGAUAACCUCCAGCCCUUCAUUGAGCGCAAGCUGUAUACUGUCAACACUGGCCACGCCACUGCUGCGUACUACGGCUACACUCGCCGCAAGAGCACCGUGUACGAUGCCCUACAAGACAAGGACAUCCGGGACGAGGUCAAGAACGCUCUUAAGGAGACGGCUGACCUCAUCACCGAGAAGCACGGCAUCGACGAGGAGGAGCAGAAGCAGUACGUCGACAAGAUUGUUAGGCGCAUCAGCAACCCCCACUUGGAGGAUGCGGUUGAGCGUGUGGGUCGUGCCCCGCUCCGGAAGCUGAGCCGAAAAGAGCGGUUCAUCGGCCCCGCUGCCGAGCUCGCGGAAAACGGCAAGGACUGCUCAGCCCUACUUGAUGCUGCCGAGAUGGCAUUCCGCUUCCAGAACGUCGAGGGCGACGACGAGUCGUUUGAGCUUGCCAAAAUCAUGGAGGAGAAGAAGCCUGAAGAGGUUGUCCAGGAAGUUUGCGGUUUGCAGCCAAGUGAAAAGCUCUACCCUCAGGUGGUCGACAUUGUCAAGCGUGUCCAGGCCGAUUCGAAUGAGGAGUAA